AUGGCGCGCGCCGCAGUAAUCCCACAAUCCCCUGCGAAACGGGUGGCACGAACCUCGACCAAAUCGACAGCCGCUGCCGAUGCCAAGAAGAAAGCCCCUCGAAGAGCAGCACCAGCACCACGGACUGCGAACCCGGCUCUCGAUGCUGAGUCUGAUGAUGAGCUGGGAUUUAUCACAAGCAAACCCACGAAACCCACCGCACGUCCUCCUGGUCGUCCAACUAACAAAUCGAAAGUUACGACAACUGUGAAUGCGCGAGGAAAGAAGGCUUUCGAGUCCCUUGCCGACAAGCCAAAACCCCAAAACAACGCCGGCGAAAAUGAGCUAGGACAACAAACUGAGGCACCAAAGAAGCGUGUUGGAAGACCGAGAAAAAAUCCCUUGCCCACAGAAGCUGCUGCAACCAAGCCCGAGGCUGCACCGAAAACCAGGGGGCGACCAAGAGCGGCAACAACAGCGAAGGCCCCUCCGACCCGUGAAACGGUGGCCACGAGCAGACGGACACGUGCGGCAAUUGACACAGCGAAUGAUACGAAAUCGAACCAAAUCAGGAUUGCGACAAACUCGACAACUAUGCGCUCGAACCUUUUACGUGGACCCGCCAAGAAGAAGACAGUGAAAUUCCAGGAUGUGUCGGAUUCCGAAGCCGAGGAGCCCGAGGUUCCUGCUGCUGGCCGUCGACGAGUAGCGACCAAGGGCACGGGUGCUGGCAAGGCUGGCCUCGGAGCGACCCCAGUUCGCAAGCCCGUGACAACCGGCACUCGCGGAAGGAAGCCAGCUGCAGCGAAGAAAGAAGCGACCAAGCCAUUAUCUCCCAAGAAGGCCAAGCAGGUGGCCAAAUCUCUAUCAGCAUACGCAAGCUCUGAUGGAGAAGAUGAUGAAUUGAACACCAUUAAGGACGACACCAAGGAUCCGGUCAGACUUGUUGUACACUCGCCAGUCAAGCAUGGCUUGGAGACCACUGGACUGAGCUCUCCUGUACGAAGGAUCAACUUUACCCCCAAGAAGGCAUCCAGCUUCGUGGACGAGAAUGGCGAACCGAAACUACCAACCCCAAAACACGGAUCAGACGGCAUCGGACUUAGCUCCCCAGUCAGGAAAAUCAACUUUGCGCCGAACCGCAGCCAGAACGCAGUCGCAGAUAAUGGCCACCUCGCUCUUCCACCCGGAAAUUCAGUUAUUUUUAGUGAUUCUAUGAUGAUGUCUAGUCCUGCGAGACGACCAGCACCAUCAUCUCCCUUCCAGUUUUCCAUGAGAGACACCCCAAACCGUGGAGGCUCCCUCUUCGGGGGUAGCGUGAAUCCGAUUUCCGCGCCUGAUUUCACACCCGGACACACUUCUCCAUUGAAGAUGUCACCCAAGAAGGGUUAUUUGGGUGCUUCUUUCUCGCAAUCCCCAUUCAAGGAUUCUACAUCGGCAGCCCCUGCUCGAACUCCCUUGUUUCAAAGCCCCGCAAAGAGAAUAGCUUCUCCGUUCAAAAACUCGAUAUUCUCUACUCAUGCAUCUGUGGGCCCCUCUACACCCAUCGACAAUGAUGGAACCCCUUCUAAGACAGUCGAACUCGCACAAUCCACCACCCCAAGAUCCUCGCCAAGGGAUAGCCUGCCAGACGAGGCGGCAUUUGAAAAGGACACCGAAAUGGUCGAGGAUGUGGCUCGAGACAUUUUUGGCAUUGAGUUAUCUUCUGAUGGAAAGGCAUCAUCGGUUUCUCCCAUUCAGGAAGAUUUUGCCACCUCAGAAGCUGUCCGAGACUCAUUCAAUGAUGAAAACACCGAAUCUCUAACUGCGGAGGUGGAGGUGGAGGGAGACUCAGACUUGGAAGAGGAUGAAAGUGAAUCUCCUCAAGAUAAAGCCCCGUCCGAGUACGAAGAGCCUGAAACGAUUUGCUUCGAUGCUAUGGAAGAGGCCAAUAUAGCAGCGGAGGACCUUUGUGAUGAAGAGACUCAGGAAUACUCAGGCCCCGGAGCUACCGAACAACUUGAAUACCAGGCUCAAUUUGACCGCGAAGAGGCCGAUACGAUUUGCUUUGACGCCAUGGAAGAUGCCCAAUUGGCAGCUCAUGAUCUACAUGACCAACAAGUUCAGGAUGUGUCAGACAUAGAAGAAGGCAAAGAUCUUCAAGACGAGAGCGAAUUUGAGGACGAGGAACUCGACACAGUUUGCUUUGACACCAUGGAAGACGCCCAUUUGGCAGCGUAUGAUGUUCAUCACCAAGAAGUCCAGGAAGCCUCAGACCUAGGAGAGGAUGAAGACUUCCAUGAGGGGAAUGGAUUUGAAUACGAAGAAGCCGAUACGGUUUGCUUCGAUACUAUGGAAGACGCCCAAUUGGCAGCGCAUGAUCUUCAUAACCAACAACUCCAGGAAGACUCAGGCCUAGAAGAGGGCGAAGAUCUCCAUCACGAGAGCGAGUUUGAAUACGAAGAAGCUGAUACGGUUUGCUUCGACACUAUGGAAGAUGCACACCGCGCAGACAAUGACCUGUAUGACGAACAAGGUCAGGUGGCGGACUCAGACAUGGAGCACACGGAUUAUCCCGAAGAUGAGCUGGCGGUACUGGAGCGGCGGGAGAUUGAGGAAGAGCCCCAAAAUGUACAAGAGGCCAUUCAACAACCCGAGGAAGAGGGACAAGUGAUGAGCGAGCAGAGCGACGUGGAAGACACAGAGUCUAUCCUGGCCGUGCCUGAGUUUGCUACAAUAUCGCCAAAGCCUGCUUCGCCACAUGAGAACAUCUAUGUCGAGGAUAUUGCAACCCCGGUCCAAAGGACGCAAUCCAUUGCUUUACCACAACCAAGUCCCACGGGCGGUGAAUCUGCUUCAUUAGCUUUGGAUCGCCCAGCCAACUCAGAGAAUGAUCAUGACUCCACCCUCGAUGCCAAGAAUGCCAAUAAUGUCAUCAUUGACGCGCCCCUGCAUGAAGAAAAUAGUUGGACGCCAAAGACCCAGGUUGAUAGCCCUGCGUUAAUGGCACCCAGUCUCUUUAACACACCAAGCUUUGUUGAUCAGCACCAAUCCCAUGCUGAGACAAGCUUAGGUUUUACUCCAUUGGCACAGAAGUUUGGCCGUUGGGAACAAAACACCCCUUCCCAAGCUAGAUCACUCCGACCGCGUCGCCGUGGAGUUUUCUCGUUAGUGGGCCCCUUGGACCGUACCAACACGGACACUCCGACAAAUCCUGAGAGUGUGUCGUAUCCUAAUUUGUCAAAGAGUCCUUUGACAAAUACCCCCUCUUUGUUUGACAAAUUUCCACUUCAGCCUCAAAGUGCUUGCAUGAGCCCUGAGUGUGAACAGACUCCACGGCCAUCAUCCAUCCAUGAAGACCAUCAAAUAAUUGACCCGCCAAACAAGGGCACGGAUAUCUUCGAGGAUCCUGACUCGGAAAUCAUUGAACUAGAGCAUACUUCUACAGCCGAAGUCCCGCAAGAUCAGGGCCAAGAGUUUCAUCUACUCGAUGACAAAGAGAACUGCGGUCCGAUUCUUCCAUCAACCCCAAUGAAGGAUCAAGUCCAACCUGACGAGUUACGCACCAUUCAUACGGUGUCAAAAGUGCCCUUGAAAGCCGAAGGCGACGUGUCACCUCUCAAGCUGCCCCGCAAGAGAGGUCUGUCCCUCUCGAACACAUCUCCCACUCGAUCUUCUCCGCGUGUUCGCAAGCCAACCUUUAUGGCACUCAAUGACACUGCACCGAUUCUGUCUCCCUCUCGGAAAUCUACACGGAUGAGCAGAAGUCCGGCACCAAAACGCCGUUCUACCACGGGUAGACGCAGCAGUGUCAAAGAACCAGUGAUGGUUGUCCCCGGUACUCCCGUCGCAACCGCCAGUCCUGCCAAGAAGGCACGUCGUAGCAUGAGCACUGAACAGAAGGCUCUGCACGGGGCAGUUGUGCAUGUGGAUGUUCAUACCACCGAGGGUGAGGAUGCGUCUGGUAUCUUUGUGGAACUUUUGCAGCAAAUGGGCGCCCGAUGUGUGAAGUCCUGGUCUUGGAACCCUCGUUCCAGUCUCUCGCCGGUUGAUGGUGCAGAGCCCAAGGACCUGAGAAUUGGCAUCACCCAUGUUGUGUACAAGGAUGGUGGCCUGCGGACUAUGGAGAAAGUCAAGAAGGCAGCGGGUCUUGUCAAGUGUGUUGGAGUUGGUUGGGUCCUUGACUGUGAACGGGAAAACCAAUGGCUCGAUGAAACUCCGUAUGCAGUUGACAGCUCUAUCAUUCCUCGCGGAGGCGCCAAGCGCCGCAAGAGUAUGGAGCCUCGUGCACUGAGCAAUGUGAAUGGAACACUCGUGCGCAUUUCCGAAUCCCCCGCGCCAUCUGUCGGCGGACGUCGCAGUGGUGUCAACCCAGGUGCCGUUGAAGGUUUCCGCAAGAUCACACCUCCGACCCACCAGCCAAUGCCAUCCACACCCCCACAACAAUCUUCUGCUGAUAGCUACCAAUUCCCUGCUACUCCGGGAUACAAUUUUGCCAACCUUGAUGCCAUUGGCAUGUCGCCCGCUACACCCGGAUUCCUUGGAAAUCGCUCCAAGCUUGUCCAGCAAUCUUGCCCGCCAAAGCAGAGUAACCGGGGUCUGUUCCCGAGCGCCAAGCCUGUGAGUAUCAUGCUGGAUGAGGGACAAGACGAGGAAUCCAGGAGGCAGCGCCGGUUCCGCAUGGAGGCUGCUAGACGUAAGAGUCUUGUUUACAAGCCUGCUGUCGCCAGCCCUCUUGUUCCUUGA